CGGACAUGACUCUAUGUAGCGACAUGAUGAAGAGUCACCAGUGCCAAGAUGACAUCAAUGUCUCGUCCAGGAAACCACCAGUUCUCCAGAUCACUGUGUCUGGAUACCGACAGCUGGAUGACGAUAGCCUGGCUCCCGCGCCCUCAGACAUCAUGCUCGGUGACUUUGCGGAAAGUUUCCCGGACUUGGACGACGUGGUCUACCGCUUCCAGUACAACGGCCUACUCGUGUUGAACUUGACGGUAGACAGAGACGUUGUUAUCGAAGUUGUCCCUGAGUUCGCCGGAGCUCUGGACCGGUUAUGGAGUGCUUACCAAACCGGCCGGCUGGAUAGGAUGCUACAGAAGACACUUGUGUCUGAGGAGCUGCUGAGGAGUCUGGGUGUCGAGACUGUAAUCCUGAGGAGCAGUAUAAGGCUGCAGGACCUCUGCAUGUGUUUCGUACACAUGACUUUCGACGAUCAGGUAUCAGGCAGUCCGGGUAGCCAGCCAGUGCAGGACUAUGUCCGGAGACACUGCUUCGCCCUACUGGACAGCACCCAUCCUGUAGUCGCUGGGCUCAACGUCAUGUCCUCUGUACCACCUGCAUGGUCCUUCAUCCUGGCGGCAAACCUCAGAACUGCAGGGCAAGAUCACGACGAAGCUCUCCACAAAGGCAACGGACAGAGAAAGACACCGAAAACGGUCUGUGCUUCGCCAGUGUAUGAAAGGUCCAUAGACUCCAUUAUUCAAUGUUCAACUGAGCAGGCAAAAUACCCAAAAUGUACCGAAGAAGAAGGUAACUGGAUACUAGAAAAGGAAGAAUCUACAGAGAAGCCUAGUAGUAUGGGGAGUGGUGCGAAAGAGAAGAUCAAGAUCAUAGCAGGAGAGGGGACAUUUGUCACUGUAAAAGCUGUUGGGAAAGAACUGAUAAAGAAGCAGGCAGGUAGCGCGAGUGCUGCGGCGGGGAUCGGGCUCACUGCCGCCUUCGAGGGGGUGACUUUCGCCAGGCGUACGGCGGGUUCGGUCAAGAAGCUCCGAGAGGACAAGCUGUCCGGGGGACAGUUUGCAGGAGAGAUGGCCAAGCACGCGACGAAGGGGGUGUUCUCCGGAGGCGGGACGGUGGCAGGUGCAACCCUGGGACAGAUGGCGAUUCCCGUCCCGGUUCUGGGGGCUGUGAUCGGCGGGGUGAUCGGGAACAUGAUCGGGAAGGGAGCCGGGUACGUGGCCGCGGAUGUGGCGCCAGACUUCCUGAUGAAAGACGGACAGAAGUGGAGGGUGCACAAGGCCAAGGGUGGGGAGGAAACGGAACCAGAAGGUCCGGGAAAAACGCCACACAUUGACAGUGGGUCUUCAGAUACAGCACCGUCAGAGACCCCAGAGAAAAGCUGA